CUUAUGAAUACAGUACUGCUUCGUAGCUAUAGACAUAGGCCUGUAUUUAAUAGACUCGCUAUAAGAUCGCUGCAUCUGACUCCAAUCUAUCUUGGACCCAUCAAGCCUUUCUUGUUGGCAGAUAUUGGUGAAGGUAUUACUGAAUGUGAAGUUAUACAAUGGUUUGUUAAACCAGGCGCAACUGUUGCCGAGUUUGAUAAAAUCUGUGAAGUUCAGUCAGAUAAAGCCUCUGUAGAGAUAUCCUCUCGGUAUGCAGGGAAAAUCGUUAAAGUCCACUAUAACCAAAACGAAAUUGCCAAAGUAGGUGCUCCUUUGGUUGAUAUUGAAGUAGAUGAUGAUUCAUCCGAAGAAGCUACUUUGACAGAAUCAUCUUCAGAUAAGAGUAAUCAUGAUCUGUCCAAAAGGAGUCCUUAUGCAUCCACUUGGGAAACACCUUCUGUUCGUCGCUUACUACAUGAAUAUGGAUUAAACAUAACUCAACUCAAUGGUUCUGGCAAGCAUGGGCGUGUUCUGAAAGGCGAUGUCUUGAGUCAUAUCAAGAGAGCAUCUUUGAUAAAAAGAGAAAUGAAGCAAUCAGUUGAGCUGCCAUUAACAGAAAUCAAAAAAGAACAAGAGAAAUCUGUACCUUUGACGCCUAUCCAAAAAGCCAUGUUUAGAACAAUGACCGAAUCACUUUCUAUUCCACAGUUGGGAUAUAAAGAUGAAAUUGAACUCAAUGCAAUGUCAGAAUAUCGCGAUUCAUUAAACAAGUAUAUCGCUAGUCAACGAGACGCCUUUCCGUUCAAAAAGAUCUCCUACUUGCCUAUCUUUAUUAAAUCCUUGUCUGUGAGCCUUCAUCAUUAUCCCAUUAUGAAUGCUCAACUUCGUCAACAAGACAUGUCUAUCCGUUAUCGAGACCACCACAAUAUCGGUGUAGCCAUGGACACACCUCAAGGACUCAUAGUACCAAACGUUAAAAACGUGGAAAAAAAGACGAUCCUUGACAUUGCUUCCGAAAUCCAUCGACUGACUCGGCUUGCUCAAAAGGGCGCUCUGUCGCCUUCUGACCUGCAAGGAGGAACCAUCACGAUCUCAAACAUUGGAACCAUUGGCGGAACUUAUGCUAAUCCUGUAAUUGUUUCUUCUGAAAUAGCCAUUGUUGCUUUAGGAUCAGCAAGAAAGCUACCUCGAUUUGAUCCUGUGACUCAUAAACUGGUGCCUAAAUUCCUCAUGCCUAUUAGCUGGUCUGCGGAUCAUCGAGUUAUUGAUGGAGCAACCAUUGCUUCAUUUAGUAAUAUGUGGAAGAGCCUUAUAGAAAAUCCUGCAUUAUUAUCAAGUAAAUUACAAUAAAUUAUUGCUGCACGGAUAAAAAGAGAGAAAAGAUCAGCUUUGAGGGACUUUUGUAGUAUUCAUACAUUUAUUGAAGAAGGGAAAUAAUCCAUGACUGUUAUCUAUAUGCAAUGUUGUCAUUUUAUGUACAUAACCAAAUAGAGAGCGUAUAAUAGUAUAAAGUAUAUAAAUGAUUUAGCUCAGAAAACACGACGACUAUAAAUGAAAUAAACCAGAAGCUUCAUCCAAAUGUAAACCCAUUCCCCCAACAACAACCAGCAACCUAUAUUCUUUUUGAAAGACC